GGUAGAUGAGUUGGACUUCUCAGGGAUGGAUCUCGACGAUGCCCUCAGGAAGUUCCAGGCCCAGAUUAAAGUCCAGGGGGAGGCCCAGAAGGUGGAGAGUCUGAUCGAGGCUUUCAGUCAGCGGUACUGUGUGUGUAACCCGGUACUGAUCCGACAGUUCCAGAACCCUGACACCAUCUUCAUCCUGGCCUUCGCCAUCAUCCUCCUCAACACAGACAUGUACUCUCCCAACGUCAAGCCGGAGAAGAAGAUGAAGCUGAGGAUUUCAUCAAAAACCUCAGAGGAGUGGAUAAUGGUCAGGACAUUCCCAGAGACCUGCUAACGGGAAUCUACCAUCGGAUAGAGAAGUGGGAGCUGCGCACCAACGAUGACCACGUGUCUCAAGUACAGGCUGUGGAGAGGGUGGUCGUCGGGAAGAAGCCCGUGCUCUCGCUGCCACACCGCAGAUUGGUGUGUUGCUGUCAGCUUUACGAGGUGCCUGACCCUAACAGAAGCCAGAGGACUGGAGUCCACCAGAGAGAAGUCUUCCUCUUCAACGACCUGCUCG